AUGGGUUUUCAAAGGCUUUUCGAGUGGGAUUUCAAUACAAAUUCGGGCAUAUCAUCCUCUGAUAGCAGAGGAGGUGCAAGUAUCUAUUUUUAAUAAUUGACCCAAUUUGUGGCCAAUUUUCUGUAGAAUUGUUAGAUCAUAAUAUUCAGUUGACAAUUCUGGAAGUCGGGCCCAUAUAGCAGAGUAAGUAAGUUGAGCAGUUGAUGCGACAAAUUUAAGCUCCCAUCGACACACAGAUAAAAAGUGGCCCAGGAUAAACCAUGGUCCAUCGGGUAAAGUAUGCAUCAUGUUAUUUUCCUGUGUGAAUUUAAUGAGAAAAAAAAGCAGAGCCUAGAUCAAUCAGAUGCAAUGGUUUGGUUGGUUUCCACAGGGAUUGUAAUUUAGCUUUUAGCAACUGAUGCCCAAUGGCCUUUCCAAAUAGCUUGAUGAUAACGGAGAAUUUCCGAGGGGAAUAUAGUCUAGCCUUUUCAUCCGCAGAGAGUGGGAUGAAAUCAUCUGAUUUAUCUGGAUUGUCGAAUUCAUCGAUCAAGUCGAGAUCAAGUGGGGUGGGUUGAAUGUGAGGGGAUAAUAAUGUGGUAAAUUGGUGAGCAAGGUUUGGGGAAAGGAGGAUUUUUGUGGAGUGUGAGUUGGCAGAUCUACUUGCAUGUCUGGUGAAUCUGGGGGGUCUGAAGAGUGCGUGGAAUCUGGGUUUGGGUUUGACAGAUUCAUGGCGUAGAGUAUUUAGUGAAAAAGAAGAGGAUCUUGGAAGAUAGGAAGCAAUGAGAUGAAGAAGACAGUGUAGUGGAGAGCAAUUUUCAGCUCUGGACGAAUUUUUUUUCUGCUAUUUGAAUUAUUGAUCUGGACAGCAAAAGUAAGGCGGCCUCUAUUUAUCCUAACGCAAUCUGCUGCGGCGGACUGAAAGAAAACAAUUCACAAUAAAAUUAAAUGGCUGAAAAUGUUGCAAUUCCAACAAUAGAUCUCUCCCCUUUCUUUACAGACGGUGAUGAAAUUGGCAAGGUAAAUGUUAUGAACAGUAUAACCAAAGCCUGCUCCAACUAUGGGUUUUUCCAAAUAGUGAACCAUGGGGUGCCUCUUGAUCUGAUGAAUCACGCUCUGAGCCUAUCAAAGACAUUCUUUGCAUACCCAGAUGAGGAGAAGCAAAAAUCAAGUCCUGGAUUAAGUUCACCUCUCCCAGCUGGUUACAGCAAGCAACCUGAAAACUCAGCUGAUAAGAAUGAAUAUUUGCUCAUGUUUUCUCCUAGUUCCAGCUUCAAUGUGUUGCCAAGCAAUCCAUGUGAUUUCAAGGAAGUACUAGAAGAGAUGUUUACCCAUUUCGGGAAAGUUGGUGAACUUUUGGAGAGCAUCUUGAAUGACUGCCUUGGCCUCCCUCUAAAUUUUCUCAAGGAAUAUAAUCAUGACAGAAGCUGGGAUUUCAUGGUAGCUUUCCGUUACUAUCCAGCAACUAACACAGAAAACAAUGGCAUAAGUGAACAUGAAGAUGGAAAUUGUAUCACAUUCGUCAUCCAGGAUGAAGUUGGUGGACUACAAGUUCGAAAAAAUGGAGAAUGGAUUCCGGUAAUUCCAGCUGCAGGCAGAAUUAUAGUCAAUAUAAGUGAUGUUAUUCAGGUGCUGAGCAACAACAAAUUUAAGAGUGCAGCUCAUAGAGUUGUGAGAAAAACAGGCAGAAGCCGAUAUUCCUUUGCUUUCUUCUAUAAUAUCCAAGGAGACAAGUGGAUUGAACCAUUGCCACAAUUCACUGAAGAGAUUGGAGAGCCACCAAAAUACAAGGGAUUUUACUACAAAGAUUACCAAGCUUUGAGAAUGAGAAACAAAAGUCAUCCACCAUCAAGGCCUGAAGAUGUUAUUCAUAUUACCCACUAUGCAAUCUCCAGCUAAUUAAUUAAGCAAGCCACAGUAAUCUGAAGAGAUAUCGUCAGUUUCUUUGCGUUACUUCCUAAAGGCUGUAUUUAAUGCGUUUGUAAGCCAUGAAAUCAGGUUUCUCGAUCUUAAGUGAUUGAGCAAAUUUCCUGCUUGUACUUCUUUCACUUUUACGACAGACAGACUAAUGAAAAUGCUGUUG